UCUGGACUAUAAAAUGAGAAAAUACCCGGGAAACUUUAAAAACAAUAUCUGAGUGUGAGGAGUUCUCAUCUAUAAUCCUUUAAAAUGCCCGCCACUUCUGAAAUACACACUGAACAGAGGCAGUUGGAAGCCUCCCCCGUGACGGAGAAGAAGACGGUUGCCGAUAAGGAGAAUUUCGGCUUUUUGUGCGAUGAACGCGGUUACCUGAAUCUGUUGGAGUACAUCCUGGCGAAGGGUCGCAAGAAGGGGGAUCGAACCGGGACAGGAGUCCUGUCUGUGUUCGGAGCUCAAGUCCGAUACAGCUUACGAGAUCAGUUCCCCUUGCUGACAACAAAGAGAGUUUUCUGGAAAGGCAUCCUGGAGGAGUUACUAUGGUUUAUUAAGGGAUCAACAAAUGCAAAGGAGCUAUCGGAGAAGGGAGUAAAGAUCUGGGAUGCCAACGGCUCCCGUGCCUUCCUAGACAGCCUGGGCUUCACAGAGAGAGAGGAGGGGGACCUCGGACCUGUGUAUGGGUUCCAGUGGAGGCACUUUGGUGCAGAGUACAAAAACAUGCACACAGAUUACUCAGGACAAGGUGUGGAUCAGCUGCAGAAUAUCAUCGACACCAUUAAGAAAAACCCAGAGGAUCGGCGGAUCAUCAUGUGUGCAUGGAACCCCAAAGACCUACCUCUUAUGGCUCUGCCCCCCUGCCACGCCCUCUGCCAGUUCUAUGUCUGUGAUGGAGAGCUGUCAUGUCAGCUGUACCAGCGCUCGGCCGACAUGGGCCUAGGGGUGCCUUUUAACAUCGCCAGCUAUGCCCUUCUCACCUACAUGAUCGCACAUAUCACAGGACUUAAGGUACGGCAGAGGCGAGAGCCUUGUGUGUUUAGCCCCUUGCUGUGUUUUCCAUCCUCUCACAUCUGUCGUUUCCUGCAGCCAGGUGACUUUGUCCACACUCUGGGAGACGCUCACAUCUACGUCAACCAUGUCAAACCUCUAGAAGAGCAGCUGCAGAGGGAGAUUCGUCCAUUUCCGAAGCUAAAAAUCAAGAGAAAAGUAGAGAGCAUCGAUGACUUCCAGGCGGAGGACUUUGAGAUCUGUGACUACAACCCGCACCCCACCAUAAAGAUGCAGAUGGCUGUGUGAAACCAAAUCCUUGAAACGUUAGGGACGAUCAUUUUCCCAGCUUAACUGUGUGCCUUUUAAAACUUGACAAGAUAGGUUUUAUUCAAGACUUUGUUUUGCAUUAUUUUGGGUACAAACCGUUUCACUUUAUGUAGAAAACGUUUCCUUAUGUUAACGCUUUACUGUGUUUUCCACAUUUUAAGUGGUAAAUUAUACAUUUUGUAAAUAAAAUACUUUUUUGAAAAAUUGA